AUUCAUGAAUUUUUUGCCAAUAGGAAGGAGGUAUUUUAAAUACAUUUGGAAGGAGAAGAAGUUAUUUUGCCAUAGAUCAGAGAUAUUUAAAUUGAAUGAGAAGGUUAUUAAAAGCGUGUUGGAUUUUAAGAGGUAUAUUCCGAAUUUGUGCUAUUUGGUUGAUUUGAAAGACUUUUUGGAUGAUGGAAAACCGUAAUUGAAGGAUUUGAAAUUGGGAGGAGAAUUCACUUUAUAGGAUAUCCGAGUUAGAUAUUGGAUAAAAAUAAUAAUUAGGUAGAACUUGGAUGUGGUAGUGAAGGUGAUAGGAAUGAGUGAUGCUAUUCAAAUAGUGAAAUGUUUGGUGUUCAUUUUGAAGGCAUGAAAGAUAAUUUAAUAUAUAGAUAUAUAUUUAUAAUAUGUAAUAAAUUAGACACUAGAUCUAGCAAAACGGUACAUAAGUAAUUCUAUUAUUCUUUAGGUACUCAACAAUUUACCAUUAUAGAGCACUGUUUCAAUAUGAAGUGAAAGACGAGGGUUAUAUUAUGGGAAGAUUUAUGGAGAGUAAGAAGGAUAUUCUGGAUGUGAUCAUUCUUACCAUUCGUUUUACUUAUAGAUAGGGAUUCCAAGUAUAUUAAUGUUGGAACAGCACUUUGACAACGGAUUCUGGAUGGGUCUAUGUAAUUAGAGUAGGAUAAAUGAUGAUGGCAGAACUCUUAUAAAGGCAUUUGAAGUGUUUCUAUAAUGUGAAUUUAUUCUCACUUCCUCUCCUAAUGUAGGAAGUCUUGCAGUUGUUCAAAGAUGAUGAUGAAAUGGAGAGUUCGAAGUUAUAAGGGAAACCAUCUAAAUAUAGGUUUUCCAUUCAGAAGAUAAUGAGAGAAGCAUAUAAAAAAUGGGGCAAGAAGCCUGGAGAAUGGUAUAGUCCAAAUCAGAUAGUCUAUGUUAUUUACAAAAUUCAAUCAGAUAAUAAUAUAAUUUGUAAGUUUAUAAUUUAAGAGAAAAGAUAGUUGCGGUUUGAGCUUUUUACCAUUCUAUGAGAGCCAAAUAGAUUAAAGGUUGUUUUGCAACAGAUGUGUGUGAUGGAUAAUUGUAAUUGUGAAUAGAGAGUGUUUUUAAUUGACAAAUUCUUACAGGAUGUAGAGAGACUGGAAAUCAAUAAGGAGGAUG